UUGUCUUUCUCGGUCUCAUACAUAAACUCCACAUUGCAACCAAUAACUGAGUCCAAUCCACUUUCUCCCUCUCCCCUCUUUUACCCUUUUGAGUUCUUCAAAUGAAGGACCCAAUCCUCUUUCCUUUCUCUCGCUUCCUCUAAUAUUAUAGAACAAGGAGAAGGGGAUAUACAAAACUACAAAAGGCUCGUUGCUUUGUUCAAGUGUUUGACAAUGUGGUGGGACAAAAACAUGUUGUCCAAGGUGGUCAACAUGUUCAUGUUAUGGCUGUUGUUUUCUUCUUGGGUUUUUUCCUUAGUUUCAGCCACUGUUUCUUAUGAUAGCAAAGCUAUCAUCAUUAAUGGCAGGAGAAGGAUUCUUCUUUCUGGUUCUAUCCAUUACCCCAGAAGUACUCCUCAGAUGUGGCCUGAUCUUAUAGCAAAGGCCAAAGAAGGAGGCUUGGAUGUUAUACAGACUUAUGUUUUCUGGAAUGGACAUGAGCCUUCUCCUGGAAAUUAUUAUUUUGAGGAUAGAUAUGAUCUGGUUCGAUUUAUUAAGCUGGUCCAACAAGCUGGCCUUUAUGUUCAUCUCCGGAUUGGUCCCUAUAUUUGUGCUGAAUGGAACUUUGGGGGAUUUCCUGUUUGGCUCAAAUAUGUCCCCGGCAUUGCUUUCAGGACUGAUAAUGAACCUUUUAAGGCAGCAAUGCAAAAAUUUACAGAGAAGAUAGUGAGUAUGAUGAAAGCUGAAAAGCUGUUUGAGACUCAAGGAGGUCCAAUAAUAAUGUCUCAGAUUGAGAAUGAAUUUGGUCCGGUUGAAUGGGAAAUCGGUGAUCCAGGUAAAGCUUACAUCAAAUGGGCAGCACAAAUGGCAGUGGGGCUCGACACCGGUGUCCCAUGGAUUAUGUGCAAGCAAGAUGAUGCUCCUGACCCUGUGAUAAACACCUGCAAUGGAUUCUACUGCGAAAACUUCACUCCCAAUGCAAAAUAUAAGCCAAAGAUGUGGACUGAAAACUGGACUGGCUGGUAUACGGAGUUUGGUGGUGCAGUGCCUACCAGACCAGCAGAAGACAUAGCAUUUUCAGUUGCAAGAUUCAUACAGAAUGGUGGUUCAUUUGUUAAUUAUUAUAUGUACCAUGGUGGAACGAAUUUUGGCCGGACAGCCAGUGGUCUCUUCAUUGCUACUAGCUAUGAUUAUGAUGCUCCUAUUGAUGAAUAUGGGCUACCGAGGGAACCAAAAUGGGGACAUCUGAGAGAUUUACAUAGAGCCAUCAAAUUAAGUGAACCAGCUCUAGUGUCUGCAGAUCCUACAGUGACAUCACUUGGAAGCAAUCAGGAGGCUCAUGUAUUCAAGUCAAAGUCAGGUGCAUGUGCAGCAUUCCUUGCAAACUAUGACACAAAAUACUCCGUAAAAGUAACCUUUGGAAGUGCACACUAUGAACUACCACGUUGGUCCAUCACCAUCCUUCCCGACUGUAAAACUGCUGUUUUUAACACUGCCAGGCUUGGUGCCCAGAGCUCAGAGAAGAAGAUGGUACUUGCAAACACCGCGUUUUCAUGGCAAUCAUACAAUGAAGAAAGCCCCUCUGCUGAUGAUCAGGAUGUAACUGUACAUGAUGGGCUUUGGGAACAAAUCUAUAUCACCAGGGAUGCUACAGAUUACUUGUGGUACAUGACAGAUGUACAAAUAGAUUCUGAUGAAGGAUUUUUGAGGAGUGGACAAGAUCCUCUUCUUACUAUUUGGUCAGCUGGUCAUGCUUUGCAUGUUUUCAUUAAUGGUCAACUAUCAGGGACUGUGUAUGGGGGACUAGAAAAUCCAAAGUUAACAUUCAGCAACAAUGUCAAGCUGAGAGCUGGGAUUAACAAGGUUACUUUAUUAAGUGUUGCAGUGGGACUCUCGAAUGUUGGCACUCAUUUUGAGACAUGGAAUGUUGGGGUUCUAGGCCCGGUUACAUUGAAGGGUCUCAAUGAGGGGACAAGAGAUUUAUCUAAGCAGAAAUGGUCUUACAAGAUUGGUCUAAAAGGGGAAGCCUUAAAGCUUCACACCGUUGCUGGAAGCUCCUCUGUUGAAUGGGUUGAAGGAUCACAAUUGGUGAAGAAACAACCUAUGACUUGGUACAAGACAACUUUUGAUGCACCAGGAGGCAAUGAACCAUUAGGUUUAGAUAUGAGUAGCAUGGGAAAAGGGCAACUAUGGAUCAAUGGCCAGAGUAUUGGACGCCACUGGCCUGGCUAUAUAGCCCAUGGAAAUUGCUAUGCUUGUGAUUAUGCCGGAACUUAUAGUGACCAGAAAUGCCGAACUAACUGCGGAGAGCCUUCUCAAAGAUGGUACCAUGUACCACGUUCAUGGCUGAAGCCAAGUGGAAACUUUUUGGUGGUGUAUGAAGAAUGGGGAGGUGAUCCCAACGGGAUUGCUUUGGCUAAAAGAACAACAGCAAGUGUAUGUGCUGAUAUAUUUGAAGGGCAGCCAACAAUGAAGAAACGGGGAAUGCUAAUCGCAGGAAGAAUCAGUAGACCGAAAGCCCAUUUGUGGUGUCCUCCUGGCCAGAAAAUUUCUAAAAUAAACUUUGCUAGCUAUGGAAUGCCUGAGGGGAGUUGUGGAAACUUCCGUGAAGGAAGCUGCCAUGCCCACAAGUCCUAUGACGCAUUCCAAAAGAAUUGCAUCGGAAAACAAUCGUGUUCGGUAACCGUGGCUCCCGAAGUAUUCGGAGGAGAUCCAUGUCCAGGUAGCAGGAAGAAGCUAUCAGUUGAAGCUGCAUGCAAAUGAAGAAGUCUAAAUAGAGAGAUGCAUUAAAGAAGCCUAGACUAGUUCAUAUUCAGUACAUUGAUACUUCCUUACCAUCUCUGUGAGCUUUCAAGGUAUCGCUCACUGCAAAGAUGAUAUGAUUUAUGUGCAUAGAGAAAGCCAUUGAUUGUCUGAUACAGCAUAGAGAAAGCAUAUAUGGGAUCGGUUUGUAAAAGAAUCUAGGAUUAUUCUAGUUUCCCGGAAUUCAGUUUAUAUAGCAUACAUGGGAUUGAUUCUCUUUGUAAAAAUAAAUGGAAAAAAGUAAAAAUCCAAGCAUUUUUCAAA